AUGGAGCUCCCCAGCAGCACGUGGGGCCCCAAGCCCGACCUGAACCAGCGCAACCAGGAGAUGCAUAUCCUCGUGGGCCUGCAAGAUCAAGGCAGGAGGAUUUUCGCUCGGUCCUGCGAGGAGAAGCUCCGGCAGAACAGGGAGCUGAUCCCCACCCUGCAGAAGGCCUUGCAGGAGGACUCCACUUUCCUGAACUUUGUCCUGAAGUACAACAAACUCCCCAUUAAGGAUGCCUUCGGAGAGCUCGUUUCAGGCACUGAGAGCCUGGAGGUGGCCGUAAAGAAGAUGGAGGCCAAAAUCCAUGACCAGGUGAAGGCGUGUGACAUGCUGAUGCACCAGCUGAAGCUGUGGAGCCAAGCCAGGGAUGAGCGCCAGAGGCGCCUGCAGGAUCUGCAGGAUGCUGAGGCUGACCCUAAGUGGAAAGAGGCAGAGAUGCAGACCAUUCGCCAGCUGGGCAAUGACAUCGAGAAGAUGCUCAUGAAAAUUCGAAGUGGAGAGAUUGUCACCAACCUGUACCUGAGGCUGCAGGAGGUCCUGAGGAGGGAGCUGGUGUACCAACCUCGAUACCUGGACCUCCUGUCUGGGAUGACUGUGAUGUACCACCAGGAGCUCACAAGCAAGACUACCGUCCUACCCAACAGAGUCAUCAAGAAACUCAUGGCCGAGGCAGGGCCCCGGGUCCGUGUGGAGAAGCACCUCAGGGACCAGUCCCUGGCUGAGCAGAAGAAGCACCUCAAGAGCCUGCAGCAGCAGGAGGAGAGCGAGAGGCAGCAGAGGCAGCAAGCUGUGUCCAUGCUCUCUGCAGAGGAGGACCAGAGCUCCUCAGAAACGCUGCUGGGUGCUGACGUGGAGGGCGCCAUGGCCAGGAUGCAGCGCGAGGCCUUUGUGACCGACAAGAUGGAGAAGGCAAAGACUGCCCUGCAGUGCUCCUGCCUCUGGGACAUCCCCAGCAGCAUCGAGGCACAGAGGAAAUCCCUGGAGAACCUGCAGCAGCACAUCGAUGAGUGCAACGAGAAGAAGAACGUGCUGAAGAAGACCCUGCAGAACCUGGAGUCCAAGCAGGCCAAACUGAAGUUCAACCAACCCGUCAGCACCGCCAGCAUGCAGGAGGAGGAGCUGAGGGAGCAGCUGAGGCAGGAGGAGGCCCGGCUGGAGCAGAUGAGAGCCCACAUGCUGAACAACCAGAAGCGCCUGAUCGAGUUCGAGAACAUCAUUGACAACAUGUUCCUCCACCUGCAGUACAUCUCCAUCCCUGGCAAGGAGGACUCAGGUGAGGUGCGGGGGAUGGAGGAGAAGCUGCAGCACUGUGAGCAGAAGCUGCAGUUCCUGAAGGAGCAGGCGGCAGCCCGGCCUGAGGACAGCCCUGAUGAACAGAGCGAGACUUUUGGCAAGGUCAGGAACCUUCUGGAGGAAAGAACUGCAGGUGAAAAACAGAACCUGAGGAUCACCUUUGAGGAUGAGGGCGCUGCGGAACAUGACAGCUUGGAAUUUGAGGAGGAGGAAGAGGAGUACGUCCCCAGCAGGGAGGACAUCAAGAAGCAGGGGCAGCAGCUGAUCCGCAUGAACACCCGGCGUCGCAAGAAGAAGUAG